GAGACGAACGCUCCUACCGAUCGAACCCGGCAGCCGGAUAAAACUAGCGACCUGGGUACGGACGAUCGGGAUGGCAGUAUGCUUGGCGGCUACUCAGACAUGACGGCUAGUGAUCUGUUUCCCAACCACGCAAGUAAUAACGGAGUUCUGGCACAUAUUGGCGGAGCCGCCAAUGCGUCGGCAAUGUCGCCAUUUCUCUUUGCCCAGUCCGCAUCACCGUCACACAUGGCUGGUCAGGGUAGUUCGGAGCGGAAAAAGUCGGACUUCAGCGACAACCACAUCAACUUGGCAGGUAACCCCUUCGAGAAUGUUGCUUCGCCUUCGGAGAGUUGCAUUAACUCGCCAGCACAGGAGCAGGAGAACACGCAACAUGUGCCCCGAAUAAGUGAGUAUUUUACACUCAUCUCUUUCCUGGUCAUAUUUUUGUUGCUAUGCUAG